GCUUGUAGAAUAUAAAAUUGAUAUUUAUGCAUAUAUAAAUAUGUUUUAUGUAAUAUUAAUGUAAAUCACUGAUGUAUCGUGAAAUGUUAUCUAUUUAUUCGUAUGAUACCAAGUGAAUUAAUAAAAAAGAUGCAUGUUACAGAUAAGAUUUUUAUCAUAUUAAUGCGUUGAAGCAUACGAGCGUUGAAACAACGUAUGUUGUGGAAAAUAUAUUGCCGUAUAAUAGAUUAAAACUCACACAUGUACCAGAAACGUUCGUCACUGGCAGCGUCCGUUACCUUUUCACUGAUGUAUUUAUGUUAGUAUGUACGGGCAUUGGAUUCAGAUGAGGCAUGUUCUGUAUUGUAUUAUAUAACCUUAAAUAGAGCAGGUCACACGAACGUAUCGUUAGUUAUUCGUUAUCAGUUCGACGAUUUUUGACGCACUUCGAUGUCGGUUCAGAUUAAAAAGAAAUAUUUUUUGAGUUUUGCAACACAAGGUCCCGAAGGUUCUGUUAGGCAUGGUUUACGCCACAGUCAAGAACAAUCGCUAUUUUUGAGAAAUGGAAUUUUAUCGCUUCGACCAUCUGCGUGCCAACGCUCUGAUACCUUCUGAAUAUGCAAUAAGAAUAAAGGAAGAGCCAAUCGAUCCAGAGAUCUGCGAUGAUUUAUCGCCAGUUGAUACUAAUACAGAGAAUGAAAAUGAGACAGCGAUGUGUGAAGGUGAAUCUUCGGAUAGUGUUUAUUGUAGAAAUCGAGAAUCCGCGUUUCCUCGAGAGAGUACAUACUUAGAAAAUAACAAAUCGGAUCCUGAUAAACGAAAAAGUAAACAUAAAGUACCUUCGAACAACAGAAUAAGUUGCAAUGUUUGUUUGUUAACUUUUCGAACUAAACAUUUAUUGGAACUGCAUAAUAAAUUAUAUAGCUGUAAUGUAUUCAAGUGUAAUAAUUGCACUGCGAUCUUCAGUAUACAUAUUGCGUUGAUACGUCAUUUAAAGACGCGAUGUCGUACGAAACAAUGGCCUGGAUAUAGAUGUAAUUUUUGUAACCGAAGUUUUUCCUAUAAAAGAUAUAUCCAAUCUCAUUUAUUCCAUAUGCAUGGGAACGCAAUAUUGUCUGGUGAAAGCAAAAUUACGAAAACAUCUCCUGAAUCGUUAGGAAAGUCGAAUCAUUCGGAUGAUAUAGUCAUGGCAGAAUCAAAUACUUCACACAAUUCCUCCCCAAAAAGCGUAAAUAGCUCGAUAAAUAUAUCUUUGAAACUAUCUAAUAGUUCAAACGAUACACCCACCAAGGGUUCGGACAGCAAGAUCAAGUCUACGCAUCCGAAAUGGUUAAACGAUUCGUAUGGUACACCUUCGAAAAGGAUGAAACAGACCGUCCUUACAGACUUUAUAUCGCUGUACAAAGAUAAACCGAAUGAAAAAUGGGUUAGCCCGAAAGAAGUUAUCGAUACGGAGAAUAUUCCUGUUACUGCGACUAUUAUUCCAACUUCAACGCUCGAGACAUUUAGCAACAAGACAUCAACGGCUUCGGAAGUUAUCCAGAUGUCUACUUCUGUUAAGCGAAUCGAAUCUCCUGUUAGGAAAAGACCAUUUGUUCAAAUUCAUGUGAAUUCCAAAACAAUGAUAUCUUUAUUAAAGAACGAAAUAGGAGCUGAAUCUGAAGGCUCUAAUACCUCGCACAAUAUAUCUUACAACCUUAGGCCACUAAAAAGAUGUUCUUCUUCUUUAUAUAAUUUUUACGACUUAUUGGAGUUUGAGGCCUUUGGAAGAUCAAGACAAUCUUUUAAAAGAAACAAGUCCCGCUAUCCGUUUAACCAAAGUGAAAGAUCUGCACCUGAAGCUAAGUGUAAAGAAUGUGUGGUCCGUUUGGAGAAAUGCGACAAAUUCUUGGAGCCUACUAGUUUUGUGUCGAACGGAGACAAAGAUGAAAAGGAGAAGGAAAACGAAAACGAAGACGGUUUCAAACAAGCAGUAUCGAAAAAUGUGAAAGAGAAAUUUGAAGGUUUUCGUGAGACAAGCUCGGCAGGUAAUUUGCCUUUGGAAACAGGCACGAUUGCGUCAAAGCGAUUCAAUGAAUUUGUAAAAUCUUUCGUUCAUAGACUAAUCGUACCUCGACAAGAAUCGGCUGAGUUUAAGAAGAACUCUAAGGUCGAUCAGCAGAAAAUAUUUCAAUGUCAUAUUUGUAAAAAAUCGUUUUCUUUGAAAGAGAACUUGCGCGAGCACGUGAAAUUGUCCCAUGCGAUUUACAUGUCGAGCAUAUGCAACGCACGUUACACGUCCAUGAAUAAGUUACUAACUCACUAUCUACGUCAGCAUAUUGUGUUUAAACGAAGGGAAUGUUGCGUGUGUUAUGAGAAGUUUGACACGUCGGCAUUGUUGAAGCGGCACAUGAUAUUGCAUUGUUUGAAGACCAUAAGAUCAAAGAAGGACGUUCUACCGGUUGAUGUUGAAAUAAAUUGCAAGGCAUUCAAGAAACAACACAAAUGCCAAGGUUGUCGCAAACGAUUUUGGCUAUACUCGUGUUUGAAACAGCAUGAGAAUGUAUGUCGUCGAAUGAAAGUCUCGAUACAUAAACAACGUGUACCUCGUGUAAACCAUCUGUCUCGGUCGUUGAAAGAACCAAGUGACAUGAAACUCGGCAUAGUACAGUCGCCUGAUUUGGAACAAACGUUGGAUGUUCCGGAUGGGAUGACAAGACCUUUGGAAAAUUAUUUGGCUCCGAGUACGCUUAUUACGGAUGAUACUUUCUCUUCGUCAUUCGAUACAGCUGCAAAGAACAAAAGGCUACUUAAUGGGAUAGCAUGCGUGAAGGGUUACCAAGCGGACAAGAUGAACGGAACAAAGUUUCCUUGCACUACUUGUGGGACACAAUUCCGAACAUUUCAAAAUUUGUGCAUACACGAGCGCACCUAUUGCCAAACAGCCACCAAAAAGUGUAACGUUUGCAACACGAUGUUUUCCACUAAAAGAUUAUUACAGCUUCACAUGCUCGCUACCCAUACGCCUUCGUGCUCGAUGAACUACAAAUUCUUUUGUAAGUUCUGUAAUCAAGGAUUUGUUAAGAAAUCGAGAGUUCAAAUUCACGAACGACACUUCCAUAUUGGAGAGAAUCCUAGACUGGCGUUGAAUUCCGAUUGCGUUUUGAAAGAUAAACAAAUCUGUAAUAUAUGCCAUUUGUUAUUCGAAUCCUACGAACAUUUUGUCGAGCAUAACACGUAUUAUUACAAGGGCAAAGAUUUUUUAUGCGCAGUAUGUGGUAAGUCGUUUCAAGGAAUGUACAAGUUUCAUCAUCACAACAAGUUGGAGCAUUAUCCGGACGAACUAUGGAAAUCGUACCCUCACAAAUGCGAUACUUGUAACGAAGGCUUCAGCUACGAAUCACAUCUCCACGCACAUAAGCUACACGUUCAUUCGCACGAUUCGCCCGCUGACGAAGCGCGCGACCACGAUACAUCGGAUCAGAUACAUCGCAUGUGUUCAUGAUUCUUUCGAUAAAUUAAGAUAAUCAUAAAAUAGGUCGUUUCAAAAUCAAUUUUCACGGUACUAUACAGAAGAUUCGGCCUAGAUUGAGACGUACGAUAACAUGCCAAAUGU